UAUCUCAAUUCAAACUUAAUCUGGCGGGUUCCUCUCUUUUAUAGUUUCCCUCUUUUAGUUCAGAUCUAUUCUAUCUUGUCAAUCAAGUAGAUCACGUUGACCGUGUAUCUAAUUUCACUACCUAGCGCCUCGACGGUCUUCAUUCGUUUAUAUACAGUAUCUUGUACAGUUUUUAACUUCAAAUCUUAAAUCCGGACAAUGUAUUUCAGCAAACUUGCAAGCGCAGUUGCCUUGAUAAGUCUUGUAGCGGCAGUCCCAUCACCACAAAAAGGGACGAACAACGGUGCUACAGCCGCCAAUGGGAAUGAUGCUUCCCUUACAUUAGCAUCAAAUGCUAUUCAGAGUGGCUCAUUUGCCGAUGGUUCAGGCGAGAUUGGUGCGGCAGAAGUUGGACAAGCAAAAUCAGCAACUUCGAAAAAUAACUUCAUCAACUUUUGUGAUGGUGACAAAUUGACAAAUGGCCUACAAAUCACCACAGGAUCAUGUAAUGGUAUCCGUAAGUCAUCAAUGAUAUCCAUCUUAUUGUUAUAUAUCUGAUUAGCAAUAGCAAUGGGAAGGAUUCCAGCAAAAACCGCCAUGGUCUCUUCAACUAUUAUCAAUCCUCCAACAGGUGGAAAAGGCAUCCCCGCAGAUACAACCUUUAACAUCACAGUUCAAAUGUCUAAUCUCGUCGCCGGCUCAUUCACCAACGCCGACUCCACUUACUUCUCAGCACCUCAAGAUCUUUCAGGAGGAAAAGUAGUAGGCCACACCCACGUCACUGUUCAAGACCUUGGUAGCUCCUUAAACCCAAAACAAGCUCUCGACGCCACUCAAUUCGCCUUCUUUAAAGGUAUCAACGACGCAGGAAAUGGUCAAGGUCUUCUUUCUGCUGUUGUCACUGGUGGUCUCCCAGCUGGAAACUAUCGGGUUUGUACAUUGGCUUCAUCGUCCAAUCAUCAACCUGUCAUUAUGCCAGUUGCUCAACGAGGCACAGCAGACGACUGUACAAAAUUUGUCGUAACGGGUUCAGGUACCACUGCAAAUGCAAAUUCGGAUAAUGGAUCAGUUGGACAAGCAGCUGCUGCAUUGGCGGCAAGUGCUGUAAAUGCUGGACCAAAUAACUCAGUGGCUUCUUCUGCUACUGCAACAGCUACUUCGAAAAAUUCGGCAGCUAAUGGAAAUAAAGCUGGUGCAGCGAAUUCAGCAAAUACGGGUAAUAGACAAGGAGGAAACAAAAAUCAAGGUCAGGGAGCAAAUCAAUUUCAAGGUCAAGCAGGACAGAAUGGUGGUACAAAUGCUGCGCAGGAAGGAAGAAAGAGUAAACAGGGAAAGAGACGUCGUUCAAGACUUGAUUUUAUUGUUUAGAUUUUUGUUUGUUCUAAUAGGUGCAAGAGCUUUUCAUGUAUGAGUGAGGAAUGGGAGGAGGAAAAAGAUGAAGAGAGAGAGGAUAAAGAUGUUCGACUACGAGUUAAAAACCAUUAAUAGAGACAAGGCAAGGCAAGGCAGGCAAUGUGUGGCGUGGUGUCUGGAUAGAAAGGAAAGGUGUUUUAUUUCCCUGCUGUUCAUUUUAUCUUAUUUUAUUUUAUAAGGAUGGAUACUCAUGGUGUUAGUACGGAAAUGAAUGGAUAAAUGAGUGAAUAAAU